AUGAUGUCUGAUCAGUUUCGAAAAGUAGAACCAUACUCACCGAAGUCCUCUCCCCGAGGAGCGAGGUCACCUGUAGUUUCUCGUCAGGAUUCAUCUGGUACCCUCAAAACGACCAUAUCACUGGGUAAAAAUCCGUCUAUAGUACAUAGUGGACCAUUCUAUUUGAUGAAAGAACCUCCAGGAGAAUGUGAGUUAACAGGGGCAACAAAUUUAAUGGCGUAUUAUGGAUUAGAGCACUCUUACAGUAAGUUUAAUGGAAAAAAGUUAAAAGAAUCUCUGUCAUCAUUCUUGCCCACUUUACCGGGGAUAAUGGAUGGACCAGGGCAAGAAGAUAAUAGUACUUUAGGGUCAGUCAUAGCGAAACGACCCAUAGGUGGAAAGGAAUUGUUACCGUUAACAAGUGCUCAGCUGGCUGGCUUCAGAUUACAUCCAGGUCCACUACCAGAGCAGUAUCGAUAUGUGAGUGCAACUCCACCAAAGAAACACAAAAGUAAACAUAAAAAACACAAGCAUAAGGAUGGUGCUCCUCUUGGACAAGAUACUCCAUUACAAGAUUCAUCAAACCCUGACACAUAUGAGAAGAAACAUAAAAAACAGAAACGCCAUGAUGAUGACAAAGAGAGGAAGAAGCGCAAAAAAGAGAAGAAAAGGAAAAAACAAAAACACAGCCCAGAACACGGAGGUCUUACUCCAAACCAACAUCCUAUGCCUUAG